AUGUGUUUACUUUGGGUGUUUUCUUACUGUCUGGGUUCUCUCUUUAUGCUGUAUUGGGACGUCAGGGUAGACUGGGGGCUUCUCCCCACCCCAGACCGCUUCAUACGCAUGCAAGGCAGGCUUAUGUACCCCACAUGGAUGUACGGCGCUAUAGCCGUAACAAACGCAAUGGGCCGUCUCACGUGGGCGAUGACGCUGAUGCCGAUUUCCUUUGUGGGUAACAAAGUAAGCUCAACUACAUACCCUAUCAGCAGCAGCAGCAGCAGCAGCAGCAGCAGCAGCAGCAGCAGCAGUAGCAGCAGUAGCGGCAGCAGCAGCGGCAUCAGUAGCAGCAGCAGCAGCAGUAGUAGCAGUAUCAGCAACAGUAGGAAUAGCAACAGCAGCAGCAGCACAGAUUGCGAAAUGAGUAACAGCAGCAGCAGCAGCAGCAGCAGCAGCAGCAACAGCAGUGCAUGCGCCCUUUUUGUUUGUCUGUAUUGA